AUGGCGGCCUCGACGUCUCACGAGCCGCAAGAUGCUUCACUUCCUCUCAGUCCUUCAUCAGCUCCCGAAAAGAUAAAGAGAUCCAGGAAGGGCUCGAAAGAAAAAGGCAAGAGCAAGGAAGCGAGUGGUGGCCAAAGGAAACGAUCGGCAGGGGGGAAGCCGUCGACUGCAACGCUCAACAAUCACCCGGUAUACGAAGACGAUCCGCCAUUAGACUGGAUAUCAUUAACAGAUGCUCAUCCGAGUCAAAGUCCUCCAAUAUUUACUCAGGAUGGCAGUUAUUAUUUUGUACUCGUAGGUUCUUCAGUGAAGAUAUUCGCCACAUCUACCGGACAAUUGGUGUCUACUUUGUCUGUCCCGUCAUCUACUACUGGUGUUUCUUCAGAAAUAACAUCGGUCGUCCUUAAUCCUAUGAACAUCUUUCAAAUCAUAACGAGUUCGUUAGAUGGAACUAUCAGGAUAUGGGAUUACUUGGAUGCCACUUUAAUCAGAACUUUGGAUAUUGCUCAGCCCAUACACCACAUCUGUACGCACGACAAACAUCAGGAUUUUGUUUUUGUUACUGUCUCUCGUCCAAGUAAGCCAACAAAAAGCUUGGUCACGGAAGACGCCUCAUCUGUGCUUCGAAUAUCAUUAAAAGCUGCGGCUGCUUCGGCUCAGUCUGCGGUCCAGAAACCCUCGGACAUAACCCCUCUUGGAAAAAUACGUUUUCCAACUGGUCUUGCCAUCUCACCAAGUGGAAAUUGGCUAGUUGCUACUGCAGGACACAAGGCUUAUGUCGCCAACCUGUUGAUCAUUAAAUCUGGCUUCACGAAAUAUGUCUCGCCUGAUAGAAUCAACUGUCUAGCUUUCCAUCCAGUGGAAGACUACUUUGCUACUGGCGAUGUGAAGGGGAACAUCAGGCUCUGGUACUGUCUACAUGACCCUACAAACGUCAAGGUAGCCGGAUUAGAAAAGAAGACUCAGACCGCGAGUUUUCACUGGCAUGCACAUGCAGUGUCUUCACUCGCGUUUACAUCUAAUGGUGCAUAUUUGUUGAGUGGUGGAGAAGAAUCUGUACUUGUGAUAUGGCAACUGCACUCGGGUAAAAAAGAAUUUGUACCUCGAUUAGGCGCACCUAUCCAAACUAUCUCGAUCACAAAAACCUUACACGCAGGAGAGGAGUACCUUUUGGGCUUGAAUGAUGCGACUUUCGUGUUCGUGAGCGCAUCCACGCUUAGAAUAUCAAGGAGUUACUCGCGUAUUAAGCUUUUCCCAUCGGAUAACUCUUCCUCUUCAAAGUCUGUCCCUUUGGCAGUACAUCCUAGCUCCUCAACCUUUAUCAUUCCUUCUUCCCACCCGUCUUCAGUCCAAAUGUUUUCCUUCGCCUCAUCAAAAAUAGUCUCCGAAUUAGAGAUCUCCCCGUCAAAUAGAGUGUCGCGAAGAGAAGAAAAGCCCGUAGAGCCGUCGCGAGUUGAAUGCACUGAAAUUUCUUCGUCCGGUGAUUGGAUGGCUUCCAUAGACACUCGCGCCCCACCAGAGGACUUUCAAGGAGAAGUAUAUCUUAAAAUAUGGCAUUGGGAUCAGAGGACUUCACUGUGGAUUCUGAAUACUCGAAUAGACAGACCACAUGGCCUUCACAAGAUUUUGGCUAUGUCUUUUAGCCCUCGUCCUCGGGCUGGUCAGGAAUCACAUUUGGUCACGACCGGAGGAGAUGGCGCAGUCAAAACAUGGAGGCUUCGCUCCGACCGAGAAAAGAGCCAAGAAGGAGAAGGAUUUUGGAUCGCACGUUCAUCCUUCAGUUUUCGCAAUGAAGCACCCUCGCACGUUUCGUGGUCGCCGGAUGGAUCUCUGUUAGCAGUCACUUUCGGAACCCGUGUCUCGCUGUACGAUGCGUUGACAAACAUCCACCGAACUACAUUUACUUCACCAGAAUGUCCACAUGCAUAUAUGUCACAUUUUGUUGGGCGAGGGCGAUUUUUGGCGGUUCAGGGGAAGCAAGAACUUGUGGUAUGGGAUAUCGUUUCCCGUUCAGUACGGUGGUCCUACACAAGUUCCUACCCUAUAUACAACGUGGUUCCUCAUCCUGAAAAUGACAGCUUUGCGAUCUUUACCUCCGCCGCACCAGGACGUUCAAGAAUCCAUUCAUUUUCUUCUUCAUCGUCCAAGCCUUCAAAGACAACUUACCUCCCUUUCACAUUACUGAACGCGGUAUGGUAUUCGUCCAAACCUACCUCUUCUUUGAGUCUUGCAGGGGUCACUCAAGAUUGGAGGUUCGUCCUCGUCGGUGAUGAUGUAAAGGCCCUUGAGGAAGAAGGAACUCUUGCAAUAGGGAUCAAAUCACGAUCUUUACCUCAGCGGCGAACACUUUUCCAAGAUAUCUUCGGGAAAUCCAUCUUUGAUCAACAGCCUGUAAGCGACUUUUCGGCUGCGACUUUGCAGCAAAAAGCAGGACCAGAUGAUCGCACUGUGUUCGAUGUACCUGCACAUCUUUCAGCUCCUGUAGAGAGCUUAUUUGACCCACUCAUAAUGGGCUUUUUGAAACUACGCCCGGCCGAACAAGAACACCUUCCUAUGGAGGAAGGACGCGAAGAUGAGGACGUAGUCAUGGAAGUGGACACCUCCGAACCAGUUGCCUCAUCUCGGUUAACGAAAAUUGAGGACAAGGAAAUAGAAUCGUUAGUCGCUGUUUCCGAACGUACUCGUUACAAAACACCCAAAACGAAUGGCAUCCGCAAAGUUAAUGGCGUACAUCUAAAACCGUCUCCUACGCCUUCAAAGGUCCCACAAUUAACUAAAUCGAAGCCACCGAGGCAAGUGGAUGUUGUCAACGUUGUUUCUCCCUCAUCCCCCGAACCAACUCCUUCGCCGAUGCUCAAUGGGAUCGGGAAAAAAACGAAAAAAGGCCUUAGAUUACUUUUGAGUAGGCCGAACAAAUUAGUUAGUUUCGAAUGA